AUGGUCCCAUAUUACGGUGGGCAUUCAUGUAAACAGUUUAUAAGAGGCAAACCCAUUAGAUGGGGCUAUAAGUUCUGGGUUGGAGCAACGCGUCUGGGCUACAUUUUAUGGUUUCAACCGUAUCAAGGACAACAAGGAUGCACCGAUAUAAAGUACAAAAGUGUCGGAUUGGGUGCCAGUGUUGUAUUGCAGUACGCUGAUGAGCUUCGUAAGAUAAAUACAGAAGCUCCAUUCCAUCUAUUCUUCGACAACUUUUUUACAUCUAUCCCACUUAUAGAUGAACUUCGGACGCGCGGUCUGAAAGCUACAGGCACCGUAAAGAGUAUAGAGUGUCAAAAUGCCCUAAAAAUCAAAAUAUCACCAACAAUGAACUCAAAAAACUAA